GCUAUUACUCUUUGCUAUUACUCUUUGCUUGAGUCAAAGUUUAAAAUCUCAAGUUGAAUCGUUUGAUUUUUGCGGCUCUUCAAUAUACAAUAAUAUAUAUCUCAACAGCUAUUUGUUGUUCAAAAAUUGUUGCUGUUUAUUGUUACUAUUUACCCUUAAAUUAAAUUUUUUCUUGUUCUAGCUUAUUUUCUAUUGAUCAGUUAAACAGCUAGCUGUUCUGCAUUUCAUCGGACUUCUCGUUCCUGUUGUACAUUUGCUCAGUGCUUAAACAUUUCUUUUUAUUGGAAUUUUUCAAGUGCCCUUUUGGUUACUUAAGUUAUCAAGGAAAAUAUGGCCACUUGGUACUUUGAUGGAGAUACUUUACAACAAUGCCCAUACAACCCUCACCAUCGCGUCUUAUCAAGGCGCUUACUUUCUCAUAUGUCUAAAUGUGCUGAGGAUCCAAAUACACCUAAACUUGUGGAGUGUCCCUUCAACUCUCUCCAUCGUGUUUAUCCUGAUGAACUUGUAACUCAUGUAACUGAAUGCCGUGACAAUCGUCAAGCCAUCCGAGAGAUGUUCAAUCCAGUUGAUAAAUUUCCUUCAAAAAUUACACCUCAACCUCGACCUGAAAAUCCAGAAGAUGUAUGGGAGUUUGAUACUAAAGUUAAAGAAUACGUACUACCAGGAUUAGAAAAUAAAAAUAAUGGUAAUGAUGAUAAUGUUAAUGAGCCUGAUAACGAUGGUUUCAUUUCUCAGCAAAAAUUAUACAACUUGAAGCCAGCUGAGAGGAAACGUAUGUAUAACCAGCUUACUGAAAAUGCUAUCAAAAGGCAAGCUCAACUUGAAAGACAGGAACUGUCUGCUGAGGAGGCUCAAGAGUUAGGCUUCGAUGUUAAUCCUAAAGGAGAACCAUCUACUUCAGGAGAACCAUCUACUUCAGGAGAACCAUCUACUUCAGGAGAAGAAAGAAAUAAUACCGACGAAGAUUCUACUGUGCCUAAAAGACCUCGAAUAUCAGAUGAACUCUGUACUGAUCCUAGGAAAAUGAGUCAAAAAAUAAAGAGAUCCCCAGAUGAUGACGAAGAGGACAAUAAAGAACAUGUUAAAAAACUGAUUCGUGCAUCAGAACCUGGAUGUUUCAGAUCAAGACCUGUUGAAAAUAGAAAGCAUAUGUAAAAAUCAAUCCUCAUCAAAAGUACUAUAGUAUAAUUAAGAUAAGAUAUAUCAUUCUAUAAAUUCAUCAAUAUUGUAAAAUUAAAAAUUUUGUAAAGCAUGAAGCCUAAAUGAAUGUAAGCAUAAUCGACUAACAGACGAAGACAGCAAUUUAAAGCUGUGUGAGAUUUUUAGUCAUGCAAAGCCAUAUUACAUUCAAAUUUUCAUGAUGUUCAUUCAUUUAUUAUUUCAUGUAAAGAUCAAUAAAUUUCUCUGAUUGAGCCAGUGUAAA